AUGAUUCAAAAGACGUUAAACAGACCUUUUCUCGACUGGUUUGAUGAAGGAAUAUGGGGAUUCGCCAAAGGUAACCAACAGCAUAGCCAGAGCGUGCUUUUUGCGGUUAUAGCGUGGAACCUAUGGAAGUGGAGAAAUGAAAGGAUUUUUAAUGGCAAGGUAAUUGAUGCCAAGCGGAAAAGCUAUCGUGUAUCCAUGAACAGACAGCUGAAAUUCACAAAGCUAUGGUUUGCUAAAUGCGGCGGGUUGGCAAGGGAUGAACAAGGUAACUGGCUAAAGGGGUUCACAUAUGGCAUUGGUGAUUGCCCAGCCGAAACUGUAGAAGCAUGGGCCCUCUUGCAAGGUAUUCAGAUGGCUAAGUUAUUUGUUAGCAACAAGACAUGCUUCGAAAGCCAUUCUAAGACAACCGUAGAUGCAAUUACACAGCUGUCCAAUAUUGGAAACCUAGCUGAUAAUAUUCUAAGGGCAUGCAGGCAGGAACUUGAAGGUAUUGAAGAGUGGCACAUAUCCCUUAUUGCCAGAGAUCAAAACUUUGCUGCUGACUUCUUGGCAAAAUCUCCUGGAGCCGAAAAGGGCGUUACAUUACUUGACCACCCUAUAGAGGGGAUGUUACACAUACUAGAAUAUGACCGGUUCGGCAUCCCGGUGUGGCGCCAAAGAAUAUGCUAA